AUGAAGUUCACUAAUCUUGCCCUCACCGGCGCCGCCAUCGGUCUUGCCAACGCCGGCCCUGUCUCGAAGCGUGCUAUCAGCGAUGCCGAUAUUCUCAACUAUGCUCUCACCCUUGAGCAUCUUGAGGCCUCUUUCUACGAGGAGGGUCUCAAAAACUACACUCAGGAGGACUUUGUCAAGGCUGGUAUGAAGGACCCAUUUUAUGCCAACCUGAAGGAGGUUGCUUCUGAUGAGAAGGAGCACGUGGAUUUCUUGACAUCUGCUCUCAUGGCUGCUGGUGCUUCUCCCGUUGCCCGCUGCACGUACAUCUUCCCAUCCACUGAUGUCAGCAGCUUCCUGGCCCUUGCCAGCGUUCUUGGGGGUGUCGGAGUCAGCGCCUACCUCGGAGCCGCAGCCUCCAUCAUGAGCGGCACCUACCUGACAGCCGCCGGCAGCAUCCUCACCACAGAGGCUCGACACAGUGCAUACCUGCGCGCCGCGGUCGGUGAAGUCUCCUUCGCCCAGGCCUUCGAUAACCCUCUCAGCCUCAAUGAGGUGUACACUGUCGCUUCCCCCUUCAUUGCCUCGUGUCCUUCCAGCAACGGCGCGCUGCCCGUAACGGCCUUUCCUGCGCUCACAAUGAGCCCGAUGGACACCGUCAUGACAGGCUCGCAAAUGCAGUUGAUUGCUGGUAGCGGCUUCAACGCAAGCACUAGCGAUGUCAACGCUGCUUUCAUUACCAUUACUGGUCCGGUCUGGGCUCCUCUUAAGUCUAUGGGUGAUGGAAAGUUCACCGUUACUGUUCCCGAGGGCGUUGCCGGUCAGAGCUACGUCGUCCUGGCUCAGGGAAACAAGCAGGCGACUGAUGACAAUAUUGUUGCUGGUCCUGCUAUUGUUGAGGUAAAUUAG